AUAUGUUGUAGGGUUUUGGUUUAAAGUUUGAGGUCUUGUAGUUUCUGCUAUUGGACACAACUUCAUGCAUUCACAUCUUGUGGAAACAUCAGAACUGAACUGAAUGCAGCUCUCAUCCUUUUCAUUGGAAAUGUUUUUUUGUUUUGUUUUUUUUUUUAAUUGUAAGUUCAAAUAAAGAUCUUAAUUAAAAAAAAAAUGAAAUAAAAUUGCCUUUUGAUGUCUGUUUGCGUCGGGACCACAAAAACCUUGACUGCAGUAUCGACCUGACCUAUAUCCAGCUAAUUAUAUAAUAAAUACUCUUUCAUUAAAGGGGUGGUGGCUCGAGCUAGUGUUUUUAUUUUAGGGAGUGGUGGGGAUUUAAGAAGAAGCCCUGUGCUUAUAUUUCAAAUAAUUUAAGUGGUUAAGAUUAGAUUAUCUUCAGUCUGAUCGAUACAGCUCUGCAUUAUUUUCGUCCAUUGGAAAUGUUUUUUUUUUUGUGUGUCUCGGUGCUCGAGCUUGACAGUGGGCCCGCGCAUGCGCAGUCUGAGCCCCGGAGCCGCAGGAGAUCAGAGCUGUGCUCCAGCACAAGAGACUGGGAUCAUGAGUGCCAAAGUAAACAUGGAGGCUCCAUCCAAAGAACCAGACUGCACCCCUGUGGAGCCGGCGUCUUCGUCCCCAGGCGAGACCAUCCUCAUCUGUGGGAGCGACGGGGUGGCCAAGAAGGCUCGGCCCCAGCCCCACGCCACCACAGCUCUCCUCCUGCCAGCUCCCAGCCAUCAGAAAGUGGAGGUGACUCCAGCUGUUGCCGUGGGAACCCCAGGUAAAGGCGGCCGGGUCAAUGAGAUGGCGACGCCCGCCCUGACGGCGCAGGUGGGCGGGGCUUGUAGCAUCGUCCACGUCCUGGGGUGGAAGGAGGGGAUGGCCAUCCUGCCGAGUAGCAACAUCAAGUUCUGUGUGAGUGACGUAGGGACUCUUAGCACACUGAUUACCCCAGGGACCACCGGCAGCAGCGGCAGCAGCAGCUCUGAACCAGCAGCAGGGACUUCUGGGAGAUCCGCUGACGCAGAAAGCGCUCCAGACAAGCCAGAAGUGUCGGCCGCCGUUAGCUCCGUGAGAGGUGCCGCCGUGGAGCCAGAGCGGUUGGCGCCGGUCAAACCCGAAGCCCAGUUCGUUCCGGUGCAGCAGAACCACGACCCCAGAGCUCAGAGGAACUACGCUGAGGAGCUACGCAGAGACCCCAUCACUGACAAGAGGAGCGUCGGCAUCGAGAAGGUGCCGGCCGGCGGGAGGGUCUCCUCCCUUAACCCCGAUCACCUGAAACCCAUGAGGAAGAGGAAGAGGAAGGAGUACCUGAGUCCGUCUGAGGAAGACUCUGACAUCGAGGGCACGGAUGAAAAAACGGAUGAUUCUAAAGCCGACGGCCAACACAUCAGAGGAGGUGGAGACAGUAAGACAGAGCAGUGGACGUGGACUCAGUAUCUGGAGGAAACCAAAACUGUUGCUGCUCCCAACAAGCUUUUCCAAGAGUCUCAGAGAGUCCCAACAGUGAAGAACGGCUUUAAACAGGGGAUGAAGCUGGAAGGCAUCGACCCGCAGCAUCCGUCCAUGUACUUCGUCCUCACUGUGGCCGAGGUCUGCGGUUACCGGCUGAGGCUCCAUUUUGACGGCUACUCCGACUGUCACGACUUCUGGGUGAACGCCAACUCCCCGGACAUCCACCCGGCAGGCUGGUGUGAGAGCACGGGGCACAAACUGCACACUCCCAAAGGCUGUAAGGAGGAAGAGUUUACCUGGACCAACUAUCUGAGAAUGACUAAAGCACAAGUGGCUCCCAAAGAACUCUUUGCCAGUCCUGGGAGGAUGGACGUGAAGUGCGGUUUCGAGACGGGGAUGAAGCUGGAGGCCGUCGACCGCAUGAACCCGUCGCUCAUCUGCGUAGCGACCGUCACCGACGUGGUGGACGACCGCUUCCUGGUUCAUUUCGACAACUGGGACGACACAUACGACUACUGGUGUGAUGCCAGCAGUCCAUACAUCCACCCCAUCGGUUGGUGCCAGGAGAGAAACCUCCCCUUAACACCACCACAAGAUUAUCCAGACCACAGCCAGUUCUCGUGGCCUCGGUACUUGGAGGAGACCGGAUCCAAGGCAGUGGCUGCUGACGCCUUCAAAGUGCGGGCCGCCCACAGCUUCCAGGCUCAGAUGAAACUGGAGGCUGUGGACAAGAGAAGUCCCGGUCUGAUCAGAGUGGCCACAGUGGAGGAAGUGGAGACUCAUCGCAUUAAGGUCCAUUACGACGGCUGGAGCCAUGUCUACGACGAGUGGAUGGACUCGGAUCACCCGGACAUCCAUCCAGCGGGCUGGUGUGAGGCGACCGGUCACCCACUAAAAGUUCCUCCACGGGACGCCAAAAUACAACCACACGGUGUCAGGGAGCCUCCUGCCACAGGCCAGUCCACCUACCCCUCCUCGGUCCCCUGCAAACCCAUCAGCCACCCCAGAACCAACAAGUACAGCUUCCACAACAGGAAGUGUCCGACUCCUGGUUGUGACGGUUCAGGUCACGUGACCGGUCGGUUCACCGCCCAUCACUGCAUAUCCGGCUGCCCGCUGGCUGAGCGCAACCAGGGCAGGCUGAAGGCUGAACUGUCGGACUCAGAGUGCAAGAGAAACCUCUUCUUUGGCCAGAGGACCAAGAAGACUCAUUACCGCGGCAGGAUUGGUCGUCCUCCCAAAUACAGAAAGAACCAGCAGAGAGACUACCAGAACAUGUCCUCAGAGGGCGUGUACCCAUCACUGUUCAUGUCAGCUCUGAGCGGCCAGUCGGACCGAACCCUGUCUCUGUGCUGGGAGCAGCACUGCAAGCUGCUGCCCGGCGUUCAGGGCAUUCACGCCAGCCAGGUGGUGGCAUGGAGCGUUGAGGAGGUCUUCAGGUUUGUGCAGAAUUUAAUUGGCUGUGAAGAACAGGCUCGUCUUUUUAAGGAGGAGAUGAUUGACGGCGAAGCUUUCCUGCUGCUCACCCAGACCGACAUCGUGAAGAUCAUGAGCAUCAAGCUCGGCCCCGCCCUCAAGAUCUCCAACGCCAUCCUCAUGUUCAAGAGCACAGACGAGGGACUCAAGUGAUCCGGGCCCUCGCUUCACCAGACACGUCCGGCCUCCGAUCAUUACGUGCCAAACUCAUUCUGUUGCAGGGAAAAAAAAAGAAGAAAAAAAAAACGUCCCCUGAACCCCCCCUCUUUUUUUUUUUUUU